GGGGGAAGAAGCGAGAGAGAGAGAGAGUGAGAGAGGUGGGGGGAGAAAGAGAGAGAGAGCAGUUAUACAGAUCAGUUAUUCACAUUCUCUAGCUGAGCAAGUUAACGCAAAAAAUAAAAAGCCCUCGGCACUGAGCUGAGGACUAGAGGCGCUCAAAGGAUCAAGGAAGAAAGCAAAGGGUCCGCUUAAGAAAUCGGAGGAACUGAGGGCUCCAACAUUUAGCAAGAAGCUGUAGCCUAAUUGAAAACUGCAAGGAUGAUCGCCACCACGCAACAGAAUAUGACCACAGAGCUGCAGGACUUGGGGGGUUCAGGGGGACCCCCCCGAAACUGGAAGGGCAUUGGGAUUGCGAUGGUGGUGAUCCUGGGGGUUAUGUCUUUGGUCAUCCUUGCUGUCAUCCUACUGAGCCCUGAUGAGUCUCGGCUCACUCUCCUGUCCCCCCUGACUGUAGAGGAUUUGGAGACUGAGGAGUUCAAAGUUCAUGACCCCUGCGUGACCUGGCUGAAUGAGAACGAGGUGGCGCUCCGCAGCCGGGCGGGAUACGUGCUGAAACACAGCCUCCACCUCAACCUCACCACCACCCUGCUGGACAACUCCACCUUCGACCUGAAAGCCAUCAAAUUCCAGGUGUCUGCCGACCAGAAGUUUGUCCUGCUGGCCUAUGACAUUCACCCGGUGUUCUCUCAGUCCUACACAGCCUCCUAUGUGGUCUACAGUGUGGGCACUGGGGAUUUAUCUGCUCUCAAGCCCCCUGAGAUGGAGGCUGCUGUUGUGCAGUAUGCUGCAUGGGGACCCCAAGGGAACCAGCUGGCUUUUGUCUAUGAUAACAACAUAUACUACCAGUCUGAGGUGUCCAGUGGCCCCCUUCAACUCACAUCCUCGGGCAGGCAGGGUCUGGUUGUCAACGGAGUGACUGACUGGAUCUAUGGGGAGGAGGUGCUGCUGACGUACCCCGCCCACUGGUGGUCCAGGGAUGGAGCUCGAUUGGCUUACCUCACCAUCAACAAUUCAGCCACGCCCUUUAUGGAGAUACCUCACUUCCUGGGUGGGGGUUACCCUUCCAAUAUGUUCUACCCUUAUCCCAAGGCUGGUGCCAAUAUCCCUGCAGUGGGUCUCUUCGUCGUCAAUCUCUACGGCCCCGCCCACACCUUGGAGAUGAUUCCCCCAGACUCAUUCAGGACCAGGAACUACUACAUCUCCAUGGUGAAGUGGAUCAGCAGCACCCGCCUCGCCGUGCGCUGGCUGAACAGGCCUCAGAACCAAUCAGUGCUCUCUGUGUGUGAGGCCACGACCGGGGCGUGCUCAGAGAAACACAAAAUGGCUGUGGAUGUCUGGCAGGAUCAGCGGCAGGAGGUGCCGUUGUUUUCUGGAGAUGGUUCCGUGUUCUACCUGACUCUCCCUGCCAAGCAGGGCGCUCGCGGCGAAUUCCGACACAUUGCGGCCCUUCCGGUUCAGCCCGCCGUCCCCUCUGUCCCCCCUCGCUUCCUGACGUCGGGAAACUGGGACGUCACGUCACUGUGCGCCUUGGACGAGGAGCAGGGGAAAAUAUACUUCCUGAGCACUGAAGAAUCCAGGCAGAGCAGACAUUUAUACAGUGUGGAUGUUGGGGGAGUAUUCCUGAGGCAGUGCCUUACCUGCAAUCUUAUUGAGGGGUGCAGCUUUUUCAAGGCUCAGUUCAGCCCCAACCAAACUCAGUUCAUCCUCCAUUGCUUGGGCCCUGGUAUCCCCAAAGUUACUGUUCACAGGACAAAUGAUCCGUACAGAUACACUGUGCUGGAGGAUAAUUGGCCACUGUCUCAGGCCCUGGAGGGAAAGCGGUUGCCAGAGAUCCAGUUUCAGACCCUCUCGGACGUGGACUUCGAUCUUCACCUGAAGAUGGCGCUGCCCCUGGGGUACGAGAGCAACCUCCACCCGCUCCUCCUCAUAGUAGACGGAGUCCCUGGCAGCCAGGCAGUCACAGAGGAGUUCUCGUUAGGCUGGCCGGAGGCGCUGUGCAGCUCCCACGGGGUGGCGCUGGCCUGGGUGGACGGCAGGAACGGGGUCGCGCGGGGUCAGAAGUCACCCGCCCUCGACCCCCGAAAACUGGGCUCCCUGGCGGUCAAGGAUCAGCUGGGUGUAGUUGAGUGGCUCAUGCAGUUGCCUUACAUAGACCACAGACGGAUCGCUCUUUACGGGAAGGCCUUUGGAGGCUAUUUAACCCUAAAGAUGCUGUCUGCCACAGACCAGCUGUUCAAGUGUGCAGCUGUGAUGGCUCCCAUAACAGACUUCCGGCUCUAUAGUGCUGCCUUUUCGGAGAGGUUCCUGGGUCUUCCUGCCAAAGAAGAGAGUUUCUAUACGGCUGCGUCAGUGCUAGAGGAAGUCCACAGACUGAAAGAUGAGAACUUCCUGCUACUGCACGGCACUGCUGACACGCGGGUGCACUUCCAGCACAGUGCCGAGCUCCUCAGCCGCCUGGUGAAGAUGGAGGCCAACUACUCCCUGCAGCUGUACCCGGACGAGGGCCACGCCCUGCGAGAGGAGAGCAGCAGACAGCACUGCCAGCGCAGGCUCUGCCACUUCUACCAGGCCUGCCUGGAGUACUUCCCCUACGCCCCCGAACCAGAGUCCCCAGAGGAGGACUACUGAGGCCCUGCUGCGCCCCCACUCCGCCACACUAGCGCAUCCCCUACCCCAAACCAGCCGAGGGCCGAGAGGAUGCCUACUGAAUCCCCACCCUGCUACCCCCCCCCCCCCUCACCCACUCCAGCAACGCUAACGCUUCCCCUACCACAAACCAUCUGAGGGUCAAGAGAGGACAAUUUAUAAACCCCUCCCUCUCCACACUUGCACAUCCACUACCCUGCAGUCCUGAGCCAGGAGGACCAUUAUUGAAUCCCCCCCACCCACUCACCCCUCCCCAAGCUGAUGGAGGGAUGACGGACCCCAAUGCUGGUCUGACGCUGCCCCAGAUCAGACCGUCCAACGCGGUGCGGGACGAGGGAAGCAGAAAAAUUUCUUUUCAUAUCAGUGCACGUGGAAUCACCUGCGCGCUGAUACCAGAGACCUGUCCAGUUUACUUUGGCCUUCUGUAGGAUUCGGCAUGAAGCACUCCCUCGUUGGCCUGUAUAAAAUGUUUUUGUUGCGGGGGGCUCUCGCAAGGUGUUACACGCCUCUGGUAUGUGUGACUCAGUGCAGAGGAUCUGACUUACAAGCAAAUGCUGGAACAGCUAGUGGAUGCUUGGGAUUCAAGAUCACCUUUUAAAAAAAGACUGCUGCUCGGAUGCCUGGCUUGCACCAGUUCAGAAAAGAACACCCUUAGGAAUGCAGGGGAUGACUUUUCUGCUGGCUGAGAAUCAGCCUAUUGUGCAAAAUGAAUUGAUCUUUUUUUAUUAUGAGUAUUAUUUGUAUUGCUGAACACAUGGUUCCACCCAUUUUGCUGUAUUUACAAGCAACUGCAGUCCUUGCAUUUUCUUUUUGCUGAUUUGUAUGUCUUAUAAGGCUAAUGAGUCAGUCUCUUUCCCUGAAUGAAGAAGAAUUUUCCCCAAUGGUUUCACUUGACUGGAUUGUGAAUGCGUAUCUUAAUACAGGUUUAUUGCAUGGUUGACAAUAUUUAUGAUCUGGCUGCUUAAAAAGAAUUUGUUUUUAUUUCUCAUUGUGUCUUACCUGUAACCUCAUAUAGUGUAAUAUCCCACUGAAAAAAAUUGUAUUCUACUGUGUAAGGAUAUAAUCAUUCAAUUGGAAAUGUUACAUUCCUUAGAAGCUGACAAAUCAAGAUAACGAGCAAUAACCAGAUAUCUGAGUGCUACCUAGCGUGUACGCCUAAAGUCAGCCUCAUUUCCUCCCCCUUUUUUUUGUACUUUUAAUGAAAAUAUCUUUUGUUUUCCCUUUGUAUUGCAAAUGUGAAAACUCAAUAACUGCAAAAAUAGACUAACAUUGCACCUGCUCAAGACUUCAUGUUCCAGAAUGCACUAGAUUGUAGUUCCACACAGUCCCCUCCCAGCCUGCUUUGUCUCUACCAAAGCCAUGGAAACGUGGUGAUGUGCAUGUUGUUUGUAAAUGAAUGCCCUUAAGCCAUUAAGUUUCUUUUUGUAUUUUUCUUUCACGAAAAGGUAUGGUUAAUGUGUUUUUUAAAAUAAAGUAUUGUCUUCUUUGGUUUAUAUA